AGGCACACGUUCAAGCAUCAGUCAUUUUGGCCCGAGUUUAUCGUGCAACCAACGGAUCCAUUUAGCAGUGCUUCUAUACCAAGUCUAUGUUCAUUGCUGGAACUCCAGUCCUCAGGUAACACAUCAGUCGGUCAGUCGACGGCCUCGGUGAACAAAGUCAAAAUCGUCUUGUUCGUUAUUAUAUCUCGUAUCGAAAAGAAUCUAUACUAGAUCGCGAUCGCGCAUCGUGAUUCUUUUGAUUUCAGCAGCCCAUAACUUUUGUAUACAGCUGUACCGCCAGUCGAUUAAUCAAGGAAUAUACCGUCACGAUGCCUAGAGUUAUUGCCAUUGGAGACGUUAAUGUAUUAACAUCCUGCACAUGCGUUGCGACAUAUCAGUGGGAAAUAAAAAACGUUUGGCUUUGUUGCACUGAACCUGGAACCGCCUUGGUUUCUCCGGAGUUUUUAGCGUCACACGAUAGUAAUCCUGUCAUUCGGUGCCAGUUUCUAUUAUACCCAAAAGGCAGGACAAACGAGUUCAACGACUAUUUCUCAGUUUUUGUGAACAUCAUUUCAAAAAGUACUGCUAUAAAAGAAGUUUCAUUAUCGAUUUUCAAUGAUGAGUGUGAAGUAGUAACACGAUUAUUUCAAGAACCUGUGGAGAAGGAUAUGGGAUUAUGGGGUGCAGAGAACUUUGCUAAUCGAUUCGUAAUGAAGUUCAGGGCGAAGAAUGUGCAAAAGCGUAGCAAUAAUUUUAAGAUUUUUGUCAAAAUCUUCACAGUGAAAACUACAGGCUACAAGGGCGUUAUGCAGUCGCGUAGAGUUAUGGGACAUAAUAUAAACGACGAUUUUGAAAAAUUCGUCAACAACAACGCGUUCAGUGACAUUGUGCUGACGGUUGGAAGAAAAUCGUUUGCAGCCCACAAGAUUAUCCUCUGCAGAAAGAGCCCCGCUUUCGCUAAAAUUUUCAUGAGCCAGAUGAGAGCGAAGCAAGAGGUUAAAAAGUUAAGAAUCCCCAAUAUCAAGUACGACGUUUGCUUGGAAAUGCUGCGCUACAUAUACACCGAUAAAGUGUACGGCAUCGACAACAUCGCUAAUGAUCUUUUAAUGGCGGCUGAGAGAUACGCUCUUCCCGGCCUUAAAAGUAUGUGCGAGAAGAGUAUGAUCAAGAGCUUGAACUUUGACAACAUCAUAGAGAGGCUUCAACUCGCAUUUUGGUGUAAAGCCGAUAUUCUGAAAUAUGCAACGAUUGGAUUCGUUAUCGAACACUCGAUUCGUAUUGUCGGCAAGCAGGAAUUCAAAUUGUUGCCUGAUGAUAUUUUAGACGAACUUUCUAUGGCCGUUAAUAAUUCGUUAGCAUACUGAGUAUUUAACAGGCUGUACAUAGAUUUUAAUUAUGUCGCGUCGCAGGCCGAAGUGCAUCUAUAUUGUUGAAUGUUUAAAACUUGAGUGGAUUUAAAAUGUAACAACAUUUUUUUUUUGUAUUUGUAUAAAAAAAACAUCGAUUUUAAUUAGAUAGCGAGAAUUAUGAAAACUGCUUUUACGAUUUAUGUAUUGUUUAUUGAAAUGAAGAAAAUAUAUUUUUAA